CGCCGUUUGACUCUGCAGUGUGAGUUUCACCUCAGUGCUAAUAAGACGUGUGCAAUGUGGAAGGUCGUGGCGUUAGCAAGCUUAGUCGCUGCCGUGCCAACUAACCCUAGUGUAGACUUCACACCUAUCAAUCAAUUUGCCUUAAAACUCCUGGACAAUGUCUACGCGUUUCAAGAGAGUUUCGGUCAAUUAAACGUCGCGAUAUCACCACUAUCAGUAUGGAACAUCUUCUCCUUGCUAGCUGAAGGAUCUUCCGGUGAAACUUUUUUGGAGCUGAUGAAGGAACUCCGCCUGCCAAAUGAUUUACGGUCAACGCAAGGACUACACGCAGCUGCAGUUAAUCUUCUCAAAAGCGAUGGUAGAGACGUUACCCUGAAGGGACAGUCGGCUAUGUUCGCUGACUUUAAUUAUAAAAUUCAUAAGGAAUUCUGUGAUUCAGCCAAUUAUUAUGGUAAUGCAGUGUAUUUCGUGGAUUCUUCCAAUACAACAAGGCUUGCUGCUGACAUAAACUAUUAUGUUUGUGUGGCAACUGACGGAAGGAUACGGGAAGCCGUGCAGCCGAAACAUCUUGAAGAUUUACGGAUGAUAUUGGUAGAUGCGCUUUACUUCAAAGCAAGUUGGACAUAUCCAUUCGAUCCUACACAAACUAAAGAAGAAGCCUUCUAUAACUCACAAGGUAAAACCAUCGGAUCUGUGAACAUGAUGUACCACAAAGCACCUCAUAACACGGGCGACGCAAAUUCAAUCGGCGCGCAAAUAUUAGAAAUGACGUACGGAAAGAACGAACAAUUCGCGAUGAUGAUACUCCUACCUUUCGAAGGAAUGCCGUUGAAGACACUGCUGAGUAACUUGGCCAAUCAGCCGUUCGGUUGGAUGACGGAAUUCAGGAGCGGAGGCAAUCUACCAGAAAUAGACUGUUAUAUCCCUCGUUUUACGAUAUCCGCGCAGACUGAUUUAAUACCUCCCCUACAGUACAGUGGGAUUCAAAGGAUUUUUGACCCACAUAAGGCUGAAUUACCAGGAGUGUCAGAUAGUGCGUUGUACGUGUCAAAAACUAUACAAAAUGUAGAAUUAGAAGUUAAUGAAGAAGGAACAGUAGCCGCUGCGUCGACUGUAGUUGGCUUAGAAGAUAGAAUAUUAGGACAGCGAUUUGAAGCCAAUAAAGAAUUUGUAUUCCUAGUUUUGGAUAGGUUCUCCGGCCUUAUACUAUUUUCGGGCGUUUACGCUCAACCACAAGUUGUAUGAAUUGUAAAUACAUGACUGAUAUUAUAUAUGUGAUAAUAUUUAAA